AUGGAUAAAGUCUUAAUGGCUCUUUCCCUAGAUGAAAAAGAAGUUCCUUUUGCCAUGCCUGACCUCCCUGAGUUCAGUUCUGCAGAGGAAAACAAGCUUAGUUUGAUGGGGAGAUUACUGAACCCAGAUCGUCAGAAAAUACCAAACUUGAUCAGGAGGAUGCCGAGGAAGUGGCAAAAAGAGGGCAUAGUUCGUGGGAUAGCUCUUUCGCCAGAACGAUUUCAGUUCAUUUUUAACAAUGAACAUGACCUGCUAGAUGUUCUUGAAAGAGGAGUUCAGACCUUUGAAGAAUGGGUCAUCGUGGUUGAGAGAUGGGUGGAAAACCCUCCGGAGGAUUACCUCCAGUACGUGCCGGUGUGGGUCCAGAUUAGGGACAUUCCGGUGAACUGCUACACCAAAGAAGCUUUGACGGCCAUGGGGGAUUUGGUGGGGAAAACAUUGCUGGUAGCCUUCGAUCCGUCGAAACCUAUCACCCAAGACUUCAUUAGGGUUUUGGUGAAGUUCAACGUAGCCAACCCUUUGAAAACGUCUCGAGUCAUUACGUUGAGAGAUGUAGCUGCUACGAUUCGUUUCAACUACGAAAAAAUUCAGAAACGAUGCUUCACUUGUCAGCGCCUCAACCAUGAGAAGGAUUACUGCCCUCUUAACGUCAGGAAAAGACAACAAGAAGCGAAAGAAAGAAGGGAGGUUGCAGUAGCUAACUUGGAGAAGAAGAAAGUGCUCAUAAGCUCGGAUGACCCGUUGUUUGGAGUGCUAGAAGAGGAACAAGUAGGUAUGGACCCGGGCUCAGGUCGAAUGAAAAUAGCAGAAGAAGUGCUAGACGAGAUGAGAAGGUAUCUAAGAGCUGAUACAGGGGAAAGCUAUGGUGUGAAAGUCGACAAGGUCCAACGAUCAGUUAAACUUGCUGAAAAUGGGAACUUGACACAUAGACUGGCUCUGAGACUUGAGGCUCCUCCUCUGUUUACGACCGAUUUAAACAGAGGAAAGGGCAUUGUCUUUGACUAUCAAGAUAGUGGGGGAGCGCCAGAUGCUCAAAGUGUUCAAAGCAACCCCAACAAGCUCAUGACAGCCUCUUUUAAGGCUCACUCCAGCUUGGCGCGAAGAUCAGCUCCGACAUUACUUCUCCUCCAAGAUGACACAGACAGUGUAGGGAAUUCUGCUGUUCCUUCUUCUAACUAUCCAACGGUGUUCACAGCAGGUAAAACUGCUCUCUGCUCUUCCGGGAUAGUUAAGAAAAGGCCAGCCCCUAGAAGGAGACCUCUAAAAUCAAUGAGACAUCCGAAAACAAGAGGCGACCUGAGGGGAAAAGAAAUGGAGUCAGAAGAGAAAAGAGAAGGGAAGCAAGCUAUGGGGUGCAAAAAAAGGAAGUGUUCUGCAGAUGAAGAAGAGAUAAAACCAACCAGCAAGGCGGCUUGCAUCAAGGCGAUCCCGGAUGAGGAAUUGUCCCCACCCCAAUGA